CGUGAGACUGGUUGAUGGCAGCUCUUCUCUAGAAGGAAGAAUAGAAGUAUAUUAUAAUGGUGUUUGGGGGACGAUAUGUGACAUCGGAUGGGAUAGCACGGACGCUGGCGUUAUCUGCAAACAAUUAGGUUUUCAAGUUUCCUUGGGAACGAAUAUCCCAAGAUUCGGGCAAGGUCCGUUCACACAGACGGUCUGGUUAAUGAAUGUCCAAUGCGAAUCGUCAGAUGAAAGUCUCAACGAAUGUGUUACCAGUGACCAGUGGGGACAAGCUUCAGCAUGUCCUCAUAGUAAAGAUGUGGGUGUUAGAUGCUCAGGUCUAAACGUUGGGAUUGCACCAAAUUAUCAAGGAUGUUACCGUUUCGAAGAUGCACUUUUAUCAACAACAGCAAUUUCUUUUCAGUUGAACACGAUUGAAACAUGUUUAGAACACUGUUCAAGCGAUUCUCUGUUUGCUGGUUUAUAUGGAACGACAUGUACCUGUGGUGAUCAGAUCCAACAACCUGCACAGUCUGUUGAUAACAUCAUGUGUAAAAUGCCAUGUCCGGGUAAUUCUGCUCAGCUUUGUGGUGAUGAUGAGACCAAUAAUGAAUUUGUAUCCAUCUAUUCUGUAUCAAUUGGGGAUGACUACCUAGCAUCGCCAUGGUUUCCCGGUGAUUACGUCAUAUCUAGUUCAUCCCAACCAGCCAACCUCGUCUCCAGAAUCAAUGUGACUGCAUCAUCAGGAGGAAUCCUGCUUCAGGUUCUAGCUCUAGACCUCGCACCAGGAGACACGCUGACUGUGGAGGUUGGAGGUAUGACCAUUAACCCUACAGAACCAGGUGACACUGUGCUGUCCGGGUUAUCAACCACACCGACAACUAUAACUGCAACAUUGAUGAGGGCUGCGAACUCGCCUGGGGCAUCGGGGUACCUUAUCACCUCUGCCGAACCUCCUUUAACAACAACGACUCCGAUUCCUUCAACUAUGGCCACAAUACCCGCAUCUCAUACCACUGUGACAUCAAAAGCUGACCCUUCAGUUGUAACCACACCGUCCACCAUGUCCACAGCAUCAGGUGUUACAACAUCCGUAGCAACCUAUCAAGGAAUGGAUGAGACCACGUCAGUUGCGUCAGUCACCCAACCGCCAGGGACUACAUCUUCUGCGGUUCCUGUACCAACAACUACAACCACUGAUGCUACAAAUGCAAACGUCUUCGAGACAACUAGUACACAACAAAUGUCACCGGGCUCGACCAACCAAGACAACCCUACAGAGAAUGUUGAUACGAAUGGAUAUUCGACUUUUUCUCCCGAAAAAUCAACUCUGUCUUUAAUUAACAAAUGCAAUCAGACACCAGAAGUACAGUACAUGUAUGUCCAAGGCAACCAGUGA